CGGAAGAAAUAACGGGGAAUAGUGAUUUCUUAAAAACUGUUAUGCUAGUUAAUCAAUAUUAUAUUUGAUAUCAGUAACAUAAAUCAGUCCAAUAUGUCAAAUCGAGACUUCCACAGAGUAUUGUUACAAAUGCUGGUGAUUUUAACAUUAUACUGUAAAUGUCCGGGAUCAACAGAGCCACGAUGUUCUCGGUUCCAGUUCGAAGAGAGAAUGCUGGAAAAGUUAAUACGCCUAGAAGUUGCCAUGGAACAGAUGAAAGACCAAACCUCGGUGACCGGUAACCGGCUGGAGAACUGCAUGCACGAAAUGGACAGACUUACGCUCGAUUUAAACGAUGCUAAGGAUGAACACGUGGAGCUUAAGAAAGACCUCGCAAAUUUUAAGACGGGACUUUUGAACUCCAUUGAAGAGAAAUCGCGAGUUCCGACGAUCUUAUUCAAGGCCACGAAAGUCAGCAAUAAAACCCCAAACCAAGGUCAAAUUAUUGUUUUCAAGGAAACGCUCAGUAACUACGGUAACGGGUAUGACAACAACACGGGUAUAUUCGAUGCGCCGGUGUCCGGUUCCUAUUUCUUCACGGUGCAUUUGUGUCCAGAACCGGGAGCCUACAUUGUUUCCCAUCUCAUUAAUGGCGGAAGGAUCCUGACUACCGAUUCGAACUAUGACAAGGAUGGGUUAGUUUGCAACACCAGCGAGGCUGUUGUGUAUCUCGAGAAACAGAGUAAAGUAUGGGUGGAAAUUUUUAACAGCGAACCAAAGAUCAAAGAAGAUUAUCAUAGAUUUUCGUAUUUUACUGGAGUAAUCUUGCAUAUAUGAAGAAACAAAGAGCACCCAGAAUCGAUAACUCUCGUAUGGGUUUGCAUUUAAAAAAAAGCAUAACUCAAUAAUUAUUAAAGCUGGAGUUAUAGACAUUGGCGAGGCUUAGAUUUUAAUUUACAUGAACUGCUCAUUGAAAGGGGUCAUUAUUGUAGUCAUGACAUAACAGAACGUUAUUGAACUUGUUGUUAUGCAAAUAAUUUAGAGACUAGUAUACUUUGUCAUAAUAUGUCCUAUCUAUGUAAU